AAGAAAUAAAACUUAUUAUUAACUGGAACGCAUCUAUAAACAUUUGUCAAAUGUGACAUCAUGACAUUUAUGAUAAGUCAACUGUCAAACAGUCGCCUACUAAUUUACACUACUUUACCGUGACGAAAAUUAAAUAAAUUUUCCUUGAAAAUCUUAUUGGAGACUUCAUUUGUCCUCAGUCAUCAAAUCAGGUGCGUUGAGAAAUGUUACGUCGACAAUAAACACGUUAAUCAACCUAAAUGGAGAACAUAAAACAUCCAUUUUUGUAUACUUGGUCAACUGCACAAAUGACGAACCAGGCGUCACCGGUCGAGGAGCAGGAGAAACUCCUUGAUGAAGCCUUGAAUGUAGUCAAAGUGCAGGCAUUUCAAAUGAAGAGAUGUCUGGACAAAUCCAAGCUGAUGGAUGCUCUGAAGCAUGCUUCCACUAUGCUGGGAGAGCUAAGGACUUCUCUGCUGUCACCAAAAAGCUAUUAUGAGCUUUAUAUGGCAAUAACAGAUGAGCUUCGUCAUCUAGAACUGUAUCUUCUGGAGGAGUUCCAAAAAGGUCGCAAGGUGGCUGACCUCUAUGAACUGGUGCAAUACGCUGGCAACAUCGUACCGCGUUUGUAUUUGCUCAUCACCGUCGGUUUGGUGUACAUCAAGACUAACUCCAAUCUGCGGAGGGAUUUGCUCAAGGAUCUGGUGGAGAUGUGCAGAGGGGUCCAGCAUCCACUCCGAGGCCUGUUCCUGAGGAACUACCUCCUGCAGUGCACCAGGAAUGUGCUUCCUGACACUGCUGAGGCACAGAACGAAAAUGAAGGCGUUGUAAAAGAUGCCAUCGACUUUGUAUUGAUGAACUUCGCCGAGAUGAACAAGCUGUGGGUCAGGAUGCAGCAUCAAGGUCACUCCAGAGACAAGGAACGUCGUGAACGUGAAAGAUCAGAACUUCGGAUCUUGGUAGGAACCAACCUGGUGCGUCUCUCCCAGCUGGAGUCUGUUACAGUAGAGGACUAUGGGAGGCUGGUCCUCCCGGGCAUACUGGAACAGGUGGUCAGUUGCAGGGACGCUAUAGCACAGGAGUACCUCAUGGAGUGUAUUAUACAGGUAUUCCCAGACGAAUUCCACCUGGCGAACCUCCAACCGUUCCUGAAGUCAUGCGCGGAGCUACAGCCGGGUGUCAACAUCAAGAAUAUUAUCAUUGCUCUCAUUGAGAGGCUCGCAACCUACAGCCAGAGAAACGAAGGUAAUAUAAAUUUGAGCGUGGUUCUAGAAGACGGGAAAGAGCAAGAGGUUCAGCUGUUUGAAGUAUUCUCAGACCAAGUGGCUGCAAUCACACAGAGCCGCACAGACAUGCCCCCGGAAGACAUGUUGUCCCUUCAGUUGGCAUUACUGAAGUUGGCUCAGCGGUGCCACCCUGACAAACUGAACUACGUCGACCGGGUACUCGCGCACACAGACAAGAUUUGCGCCGACAUACAUCAAGCUAGCGGCAAGACCCAUCUAGAACACAAUACAGCUGUCUUCAAGGAACUGAUGAAGAUCCUCAAGCUCCCAGCAGACCAUUACAAGAAUAUCCUUACCCUGAUCAAGCUGCAGAACUAUGCUCCUCUCAUCAGACACUUGAACCAUCCUGGACGAAUCAUGAUAGCGGUCCACCUCAUCAAUGAUGUACUGGAAACUGAUUGCUUGAUAUCUACUCCGGAGGAUGUGGAGUCAGUCCUAUCGAUGUUAGACGUGUUAGUGAGGGACCAGCCCGACCAGCCCACAGCAGAACCUGAUGUCGAGGACUUCAUGGAGGAGCAGGGACUCCUGGCCAGACUGAUCCAUCACUUCAAAUCGGAGUCAGCGGACCGUCAGUACCUGAUACUAUCGGCGGCGCGCAAGGCGCUGCAGGCGGGCGGGGCGGCGCGCAUACAGCAUACAUUCCCACCCAUCGUGUUCCAUGCCUACAGACUCGCGCAUACUUACAAGCAGCUUAAGGACGCGGACGAUAUGUGGGAGAAGAAAUGCCAGAAAAUAUUCCAGUUCUGUCACCAAACUAUCACCAUGCUGGUCAAGGCUGAGUUAGCUGAACUACCGCUCAGACUAUAUCUCCAAGGCGCAUUAGCUAUCAGUGAGAUCGGUUUCGCGAACCAUGAGACGAUCGCCUACGAGUUUCUAUCGCAAGCAUUCUCUCUAUACGAGGACGAGAUCUCCGACAGCAAGGCGCAACUAGCGGCCAUUACACUCAUCAUAGCUACAUUUGAACAGAUUAAUUGCUUCGGUGCGGAGAACGCAGAACCAAUGCGUACUCAGUGCGCGCUGGCGGCGAGUAAACUGCUGAAGAAGCCCGACCAGAGCCGGGCCGUCGCACUCUGCGCACAUCUCUUCUGGAAGGCGCCUAAAGAUGGGAAGCAGUGGCCUCUAAACGACGCGUCCCGCGCCCUGGACUGCCUGAAGAAGGCGGCGCGCGUGGCGCAGCAAUGCAUGGACGGCGGCGUACAGGCGCAGCUACUGGCCGAGCUGCUCGGCCGGUACGCCCUGCUCCGCGAGAGGGGGAACGCUUGUCUCACCACCACGCUUAUAGACGCCGUAAUACAAAAAAUCCGCGAGGAACUAGCGAAUCUAGACCAGUCUGAGGAAGUGGAACAGAUCACGAAACACUUCCAUAACACGCUGCAGCAUCUCAAGAACCGCAUGGAGUGCCCCGACCCCGACGGACUGGGUUACGAAGGUCUUACACUGUCCUAAAGUAAGAAGUAGCUGGUGAUUAUUGGCCGGAGUUAAUGGGGAUUAGCGAUUUUCUUCUCAACAAAUUGCUCAGUUUUUUUUCAUGUAAUAGCAGCAAACGAGUUGAUUUCCUGAUGGUAAGCAAUCAGCGCCGCCCAUGGACACUGUCAACAACAGAAAGCUAGCUACUAGUGAGAUUUUGGGAUUGGGGGAGGGGAAGGAUUUCUCCGGUAACCUCACUCACGCGGCGAAACACAACGCUGUGGUUAUUUGACGCCGGUUUUCUGUGAGGCCGUGGUAUCACUCCGGUCGAGCCGACCCAUUCGUGUCGCAGCGUCAGGAUGGCUGGACCAAACGAGAUAAAAAUGUCCUUGAGACUAUAAUAAUAUGCAGUAUUUAAUACCUAUCUGAUUCUAUUUAACACCUAUAAAUAAAUAAUCAAGCCAGCACUAGUUAUUUUCAUAGAAUUUCUGUCGAAGCAUAAACCCAGAGAUUUGUUUAAAAUCCUUCAUUAAUUCCGGCCGUUUACCUAGUAUAACUAUGCAAGCAUUUUUUGUGAUAUUUGUGUCGUAUUGCGUAUGUUUUAAGUAACAAUUUUCAAUAACAUAUUAUUCAAGAUCACACAAAAUAUUCUUGCGCUAACGUUGCGUAGUUGUUACGGACAGUUGAAUUGUAAUAUUUUGUUUGGGUGUCAGUUUGGUAGUUUUCUCAGUCAAAUUAUUUGAAAUGUUAUAAAAAUGCGUUGCAACCUUCUCUGUGUGAGAAGAGGCCUUUGCUCAGCAGUGGGCACUUAUAGGCUGAUGAUGACGAUGACGUUGCAUUUGUAAAAACAUUGGCGGUUAUUAAAUCGCCAGCCUUGCAAAUGUCUAUAGUAUAAUUAUACAUAUAACUAUAAUAUAAUGGUGUACUAUUAAAAAUAUUGUUGGAAUAACGGAAUGUUCGUCAGCUGCCUACAUUCCUUUGAUUAUUAUUAUUAAAAAUCUUUGUUUUAAUCUCACAUUUGUUAUAAUAAGUGUAAAUAGAUGAUACAGUUUAUUAUUAUAAUUAUUUUUAUAGCCGAUUUUUCAAUAGUUAGAUAAAAGUUACCUGCGGAAUAAUUAUGAUGCUAUCGCGUCAGAAUGUUUGUAUAAGACAGUGACAGCAACAGUUUUAUACCUCAGAUAACAUUUAUCUGACUAUUGAAAAAUCAGCCCUAGUUAAUCUAUUUUUUAAGUUAUGCGUAUGUUUUAUGGCAGUUUUAUAGAAGCAAUAUAAUUCGUGUUAUUUUUA